GCGUCGUCGCGCGCUACGGCUACAUGGACGACCCCGACCACUCGACGGGGUUCGCGCAACAGGUGCUCUGCGCGAUCUCGCACUACUUAGCCUACGGUUCCACCAAGGAGCUGCUCCAUCGGACGCCCAGUUCCGGCCCCGGGUCGCCCAUGUCCCACGUGUCGAGCUCCAGCGCGCUCUCGCACGUGGGCAGUUCCACCGCUCUAGUUCCCGGCCCCACCGACACGCCCCGGUCUCCGUCCGCGUUGGACACACCCAAGAAGCGCCCGAUCCGGCUCAGCCUGACCGAACGGGGCUGGCAAAUGAGCCUGGUGAAAGAAGCGGCGCAGCACGAGAUCAUGUACAUCAAGACGAAGCCCAUCUUGAAGCCCGCCAAGAGCGCUACCCACAUGCAACGUUUCCUUUUGUGGUGUUACAACGUUCUUCUUGAUGUAAGCCUGUCGCCGACAGAUGCACUCAAUAUGCCUCGCGCCCAACUGCUGAUGCUCCUGAUGGUUUAUGAGAUCAAGUAAUUCUAGAUUGGUAGGAACAUUUGGCGUUCUAUCUAGCCGCCGUGAUCCGUUUACAUGUAGACGGUGACAGCAUAGAGGUGGACAGCAGAGCAGCAGAGCACGUAUCUGCUUACAGUGUUACUUGCUUACUGGUAUUUAGUGAGUAGGAUUUAGAAGAAUUUGGGGAGGCCACCCUUUGUUAGGACUGAUCCACAGUCAUGGAUGAGCUUAUGCCAGGCCUUGUUGUGCUUUGGAGGGUAGGGAUAGGGCGCAUGGCAAUUAGACCUAGACGGUGAGGCUUCGCGCGAGUUUGUCGAAUCAAAAGUACACAUGCAAUGUACGGUAGGCCCCUGGAGCUCACAAUGUGAUUCUGUUCGAUAUAAAAAGGUAAUCUAGGUGCAGUGAGUCGGACUCAGGUUAGGCUAGCCUGCAAUAGGUUGGAUCCGUCCAUUAUCGGAUGCCUUCAUCCAUGAUUUGGGCACUUCCAUCAGUGCUUUGACAAAUGCACUGCCGCGCAGCGCUGUCCUGGCCGACUCGAAGUCCUGGGCCCAGGUUGCUGCGUUGACUUCUUUUAAUCUAACCACGUCCACGCAGCCGCGACUGCACACUGUUCCUGAUGGGAAUUAUUUCUC